UUGGAAGAUAUAAAAGGGUGCGUGACUCCAGAGUUAAGAAAAAAGGAAAAAGACAAAAUCGCUGAAAAUACGACGGGAGGAAAAUCAAAAAUGACGAUUCGACAUUCUUCGGUUUUGAUGAUGGAGAACGGAGGGAGUUGCUUGCCUUGCACGCCUGAUGAAGAGAGACAGAUCGUACAAGACUUGAGUAAUCAAUCUGAGAUUGAUUUGAAAGAAGGCAACUUGUACUACCUGAUUUCAGCGAGGUGGUAUAAAAUUUGGGAGAGGUACGUUGGUGGUGAUGAACCGUUGAUUGACAAGCUAUCGUUUGAUUCCCAACGUUUGGAUGGGGUUUCUUCAGAGAGGCCGGGACCCAUUGAUAAUUCUGAUUUAAUAGAAAAUAGUAAUGGUGGUGAAGGUGACGCUCUAGAGCUUCGUAGAAAUUUGGUGGAAGGGCAGGACUAUGUUUUAGUUCCUCAACAAAUUUGGGAAAAGCUUUUUCAUUGGUACAAAGGAGGCCCAACAUUGCCAAGAAAGAUGAUUUGUGAGGGCAUUACCUGUGAGAAGAGAGUAGAGGUUUACCCACUCUCUCUCAAUUUGAUUGAUUCUAGAGACAACAGUCAAUCAAUCAUUAAAUUAAGCAAAAAGGCUUCUAUACGUGAACUUUAUGAAAAUGUCUGUAAAUUGAAAGGAAUACAAAAAGAAAAGGCUAGCAUUUGGGAUUACUUUAAUGAGCGAAAACAUUCAGGAUCACUAUUGGAUGCUAUGGAUCAAACCCUGGAUGAUGCAAUGCUGCAAAUGGAUCAACAUCUUCUUCUGGAGGUUCAAGUUGAUGGAGGUUAUUCUUCUCGCUUUGACAUGGAUUCCACUGGAAAUGAACUAGCUUUGGUACCCCUAGAACCAUCAAGGUCAUCCCUAACAAUCGCUGGGGGGCCUACCAUGUCAAAUGGUCACUCAACAGGUUAUAGAUUUAAUCAGUAUCAGGGUAGUUCUUUGGGCUCAGCAUUAACAGAUAUGGAUGAAGGAUACGACUCUUAUAACACUGUUAAAAAAGGAGAGAGGGGAGGUUUGGCUGGAUUACAGAAUCUGGGAAAUACUUGCUUUAUGAAUAGUUCCCUUCAAUGUUUAGUCCACACGCCUCGUCUUGCUGAGUACUUUUUGCAAGAUUACAGUGAUGAGAUUAACAUUAAAAAUCCUUUAGGAAUGCAUGGUGAGCUUGCACUUGCAUUCGGUGAGUUGUUGAGGAAAUUGUGGUCCUCUGGGCGAACUACAAUUGCACCACGUGCUUUCAAGGGAAAACUUGCUCGAUUUGCUCCCCAAUUCAGUGGUUACAACCAGCAUGAUUCUCAGGAACUUCUUGCCUUCUUAUUGGAUGGCCUGCAUGAAGAUUUGAAUCGUGUCAAACAAAAGCCUUACAUUGAAAUGAAGGACUCCGAUGGUCGCCCAGAUGAGGAAGUGGCAAAUGAGUGUUGGAUAAAUCACAAGGCUCGCAAUGAUUCAUUGAUUGUGGAUGUUUUUCAAGGUCAAUAUAAGUCGACACUGGUUUGCCCACUUUGCGACAAAAUCUCAAUUACUUUUGAUCCUUUUAUGUACCUGACAUUGCCGCUACCUUCGACUGUCACUCGGAUAAUGACAGUAACUGUAUUUUAUGCUGAUGGAAGUGCUCUCCCAAUGCCAUUCACUGUGACAGUAAUGAAGCAUGGCUGCUGUAAAGAUCUCAUUUCGGCGUUGAGUACUGCAUGCUGCCUGAAGAGUGAUGAAAGCCUUCUGCUAGCAGAGGUCUAUAAUCAUCAAAUUUUUAAAUUUUUCGAGAACCCUGCAGAAAUGUUGAAUACAAUAAAGGAUGAAGAGCGUAUUGUGGCUUACCGUUUUGAUAGAAAAGAGGCAGGAAAAAUAAAACUGGAAAUUGUGAACCGAUGGCCAGAAAAAUCUUCACCAGAUUAUCUGAAGGGUGGUGAGAAGAAACUUUUUGGAGCGCCUCUGGUUACUUACUUAGAAGAAGAUCAUUUAACUGGAGCUGACAUUGAUAAUACUGUUUCUAGAAUGCUGUCACCUUUGAGAAGAACAUAUUCUUCAGUUAAAGCUCAUAAGGGCAAGGAAAAUGGCUUUCUUUCAGAAGCUGAUGAUGAACCAUCAAAUAGUUGUGACCAGCCGAUGGAGACUCCAGAACUAGAGGAUUCACCCAGCAGGGAGUUAUCCUUCCAGCUUUCUCAAAGCGAUCAUAAGAUUACUAGCUGGAAGCCCAUUAAGAAGGAUACCGUCAUAAAACCUGGGCAACAUAUAAAAGUGCUGCUGGACUGGACUGAUAAAGUACGUGAAUUAUAUGAUCCCAGCUUCUUGGAGGAUCUUCCAGAGGUACAUAAAACGGGUUUCACUGUGAAGAAAACCCGGCAAGAAGCUAUCUCCUUAUUUUCAUGUCUGGACGCAUUUUUGACUGAAGAACCUCUGGGGCCUGAUGACAUGUGGUAUUGCCCCCGUUGCAAGGAACAUAGACAAGCCACCAAGAAGCUAGAUUUGUGGACAUUGCCUGAUGUUCUUGUCUUUCACUUAAAAAGGUUCUCAUAUAGCAGAUACAUGAAGAAUAAACUUGACACUUUCGUGAAUUUUCCGAUUCACAAUCUUGACUUGAGUAAAUACAUGAAAAGCAAGAGUGGUGAAUCUUACGUGUAUGACCUAUAUGCAAUCAGCAACCAUUAUGGUGGUCUAGGUGGUGGGCAUUACACUGCUUAUGCCAAGUUAAUUGAUGAGAAUAGAUGGUACCAUUUUGAUGACAGUCAUGUUUCUGCUGUUACUGAAGCCGAAAUAAAGACUUCAGCUGCUUAUGUGUUAUUCUAUAGGAGAGUUAAAGGUGAAUCAAAGGUGGGGAUGGGGGAGACGUCGAAGGGUCAUUCCGGUUAAAAGGCUAAAGUUGAUUGCAUUUAGUUUUUUUGUGGAUUGAAGCAUUGCUUUAUUCAAGGUUAAGCGGGCUUGAUCAAAGCUAUAUAUCAUAUCAUUCAAGUACUUGGAUUGGAAGUAAAAGCCUGGAAAAAGGCUAAGGUCAGAGAUAAGGAGGGUAGUAUUAGCUUGUUUAUUUCAUUAAUAUUUUUUAAAACAGAAAAUUUUGGUUAGGGUAUUAGGUUGUCAAUGGUUGUUGCCUAAUUUGUGGGUACAGUAUGCUAGUAACAUUGUAUUCAAGAGUCGAUAUUAUCUGUGACUAACUGUUGUUAUACUAGUUUUAUAAGAUAUGAUGUGAUAUCGUUAUGACACCAAUUCAGUCAGUGAUUAAAUAGAAUAAGAAUAGACUAGAACAGUUGAAAGCGA